AUGAAUGAUCCUCCCGACAGAAUGGGGACUUUGGGGCCGCGAGAAGCUUCAUAUCCCGUGGGCUCACCCCUCCGCCCCAGGCGCGCCGGGCUCUUUCCGGGAAAGCAGGGGCGCAGGGCUCCCCUGGCGGCCGGCGCCCGGGAUCCCACCGCGGCGGGAACCAGCGGAAGCAGGGGCAGCGCUCAAGUGGACGGGUCUGCAGCCCGAGCCCCCGGAUCGUCGGCUGGAGAAAACCUGGACUGUGAGUCCUGGGUCAGAGACAAAGUGCUCUUUCUUCUGCACCCAGAGAGGUGGUUGGGGACUUCAGGGGAUCCUGCACGGGAAGAGGUGGCCGGUGGGGAGGACCUUCCUCAGGCGGGCGGAGACGACCAGGAGCCCGGCUGCCCAUCUUCUCUUUUUCCACGGGGACAGCGAAUUUCUGACAACCGUGUAGACUCUCCCUCCGUAUCCCUGCGGCAGGACUCAGCAGCCCCACCCAAAUCCGUGCUCGUGCGGGUCGUGGAUUAUCAGGUGACACAAGAAGUGCUGCAGACCGCGUGGACGAAGGGCAGCAUGACCACGAGGACCGAGAAGCACUCUAUGACCGCGGUCACUUUUCGCACCAACAGGGCUUGA